UUCUCAAAUUUCAUGGAAGGCGUCUGCGAGAUGAUAGAAAGGCCAUGAGCUCGCAGAUGGCGAGAAGAGGAUUCUGGUAGCUCUGAAGACGAAGUUGGUCUUUAAGUGGCAGAAACGGCAGCGGUUCCUUUUGCAGCUCACGCGUGACGAGGACACGUGACGGGAAUACUUACUUUCGCCAUUACGGACUCCUGAGAAGCUGCCAAUAGAGUCAUAGAUCAUUCACGCAGUAGUGCAUGACCAAACGCGUAUUUGAAUGCAGAGGACUAUGUCCAAUUUCAAUGGUUACAGGAUUUCAUCUUAGUAACACUAGAUGCAUGGUUAAUUCCUUUUGAUGAGCCGAGCAAGAGCACUACCAUCUCCCGUGGUACUUCUUAUCGACAGAACAAUACGGGAGAUUUACCGCCAUUGAAAAUAAAUCUUGUCCCAUUUCUGAUGAUCUAUGCGAAAAAGCUUGACUGUGCCUUACCAAAUGACGACGCAUAUCAACAUUUUAUCUGGUGCCUGAUUAAAUGUUGUAAAGUGAUAAAAACCUAGUUGUGCUAUUUAUCAUCUUAUUCCUGUCAAAGCGUUGAAAGGAUUGCGAAACAUUAUACUAUUUCAUCUAAAUUAUCAUACUUCUGAUAUCGAUGCCAGUUUCUGAGAAAUGUUCAUUGAGAUUUGAUUAUGUAUCAUUAGGAUUUGCAUAUAAGAAAGUCUACAGCAUAUUUUCAUCGAAAUCAUUUCCCAGAAAAUUUACUAGUAAUAAUUUUUUCACUGUUUUUGAGAGCAUUUGAACAAGAAAUACUGAUUCAUGCUGACUUAAAGUUAUAGAAAAGAAUUCAUGAUUUUUUUCCUUAUAUUUCACUCCGAUAUUGUUUUGAAUUUCCCGAUAUAUUCCUUCAUAUCUUUUACUGAAUAUUGAUAUUUUACCCGUUUUACAAUCUGGGAAAAUUUUUCUGGAAAAGAUGAAGAUGUGAAAAUUUUUUUGAUGUAAAAAAUUAAAAUUUCUCCACAGAAUUUUGUUAAAAAUGUGACAUUUUUUAGUAAUACAGUUUAAAUGCAAUAUUAUAAUAUAUUAAUCCUAAGAACUGAAAAUGUCUAAAAAUGCAGUUCAAUAAUAUGAGUUUUUCAAGUCGUAUUGCCUAGUUUUUGAUUGCUCUUAGAGUUAUAAUUUUGCUAAGAAUUUAGAAAUAAGAAAAAAAAAAAAAAAAAAAAAAAAAAAAAACAUGUAAUAAUUUGUAAAAAUAUUUUGAAGCAGAAUUUUGAAGCGAACUUUUCUUGAAUCAAGAGUACUUAAAUGACAUCAUAAAUUUCAGAUAUUGAGAAUUCCACAUUAAAAUAUAUUGAUUAUAUUUACUGCUUUUAAGAGCACUAGGAUUAAGCAUUCUUUGUGACUUAUUUCCUUUGAUUGAACAUCAGUUAUUAGUCAGUUCUUUGAUUUACUCUUAUGAACAGUCAGUCUCAAAACUAUUUCUUGAACAACAUUGCUUCUGAAAUAAACCUUUUUCAACAAAUUCAAGUGCAAUCUUGAACUUUCUUGAACUUAACUGAACUUGCUUGACUUGUCCUCAAAACUUUCAACAAGGAAGCUGCCAUACACACCCGUGAAUGACGCUAGGUAUUGAUUAUCCCAGGACAGAGCGGGCCCCAGGAACAACGAUGUUCCAAAACAUGUCAUCAAUCCAUAUGCCCGCCUAUCAAGAUGGAUACUUACACCCUGGUUCUAUGUUCAUCCCUACCUCCCGCCCCAUGAUGGCCCUCCACCAAAGCGGCGUUCAGCUUCCAGGGACGACAAAUCCCAAUGCUUGGAGUUCUGCAGGGGAUUCUGGUAGUAGAUCUUCUGGGGCCCCAAUAUCCGAUUCUUACCAUCAUGCACAAAUAUCUGCAGUUCGAUAUGGAUUUCAGGCCCCUUCUUUGUCUGGCUCAGUUGGAGGUCCGAGUCGAGAUGGUGGAUCCUAUUUUCAAAGAAGCAACGGUUUCAGCCCCUACCAUUCAUAUAUGGAAAACGGGCAUUGGGGUAGUCUGGAAAAUGGGGCGAGUCUCCAGUCAGCACAGAAUCAUUUAGCAAGGAGAUCAGAUCUGGAUCCCGGUGAUUACCAUCCGUUCAACGAAGGUCGUGAGUGCGUCAAUUGCGGAGCCAUAUCUACACCUCUCUGGAGGAGGGAUGGAACGGGGCACUACCUGUGCAACGCAUGUGGCCUCUACCAUCGUAUGAAUGGAGUUAAUAGGCCUCUCAGCAAACCACAGAGAAGGCUUCCUGCCACUCGCCGAGUUGGUCUGUCUUGUUCAAAUUGUGGAACAACUACCACUACUCUGUGGAGGCGGAAUAACCACGGAGAACCGGUGUGCAAUGCUUGCGGCUUAUACUACAAACUUCACAACAUGAACCGUCCCUUAGCUAUGAGAAAAGCUGGCAUUCAGACCAGAAAAAGGAAACCAAAGAACACAAACAAAGCCGCUGCUGGGAAAAUAACGGAGCAGUCUGCGUCAUCAGACAACGCUGAAGAAAAGAAACCAAGUUAUGACAGCAAUCAGUCGCGUCCAUCCACAACUCCGUCCAAUCAGACUUCGUCCACGAGCCACAUGCACAAUCCAUCUCCGUCAUCGAAUGGCAUGCCAUCGUCAUCUCCUGCAUCUUCACCAGCAGCAAGCUGUUCCAUCAUGCCACCAACAACAGCAAUAUGUUCAACACUGCCGUCCACUAGAUCACCUCCCGCCUGCAGUCAACAUUUGGCGCAAGAAGUAUCAGCAACGAAUUCUUCAAGCUGUCUGAACAACUCUUACCGACACUCUUUCGCACCUUCAUUACCAGACACAAGGCCUUGCUACAGUGGAUAUAACAGAUAGUGCAGUGCAUUUCAGAAACUUCAGACAUUUUCAUGCGAUGUUUUUUCACUUUUAAGAACAAAUCUCAUGUGACUCUCUGUUACUUACCGAUUAUUAACAGAGCCUGUGAUAAAAAAAAAAAAGGAAAACUUUUGGCUGGGUGUUUUGAGUGUUGUUGACUUAAAGAAAAUGAAUUCUAAGCAAACAGUAAGAUACUGGCUUCAAACUGUGGAAGUUUCGCAAAUAAUCAAUAUUAACGCUAAUCUCGCCUUCUGAUCUGUGAAGCAUAUGUCUUUGAAAGAAAAACAAAUUCCGAAUUAAUAAUAGAAUUACUGUGCACAGUAUAAAGCAGCUCUUGUUUAUGAUAGUUUAUUCAUAUUUUUACUGUGCUAUUGAAAAUACUAGUUGAUAAGCAAUUGGCGAUUUUUUCAGUAUGUCAGUUAAAAUGUUGAAUAGUGUUAAGAUGUAUCGUGUCUGUCUCUUCGGUUCCGCAUUUGUAUUUUGAAUUAGCUGUGCAAGGAAAUUUAUAUUAAAAGUAGUAUAUAAAUGAUA